AUGGGUAUUCACUUCAGUGCUUUCAUUUGCAGUAGUCCAUCUCAUAGUGCCGGUGCCAGGAAAGUAAUUCUAUGGGAUGGUUCGGUCCGGGAGUUCAGCUCGCCGUUGACGGCGGCGGAGCUGACUCUGGAGAAUCCGCAACAGGUGGUGGCGGAGUUUCACGCGGCGGUUAACGGCAAGAGGCCGGUUCCAUUGCCGGCUGACCAGAAACUGGACGUCAAAAAGGUUUACGUAAUGCUGCCGUUGAAUCGAGGGAAACCGGCCACGUUGUCUUCGGACGAUGCUCGUCGCGUGCUACUGAGUGCUGACUCGAAGCGGCUUUUAUCGUCAUCCAGGCUUUUUCCUUUUCUUGCCAGGAUUUGCCCCGCAAAUCAUAUGUGA